AAUUAUGUUUGUGACCGUUUUUGGUAAGAGGCCCGACCCAAAUUCCAUUUAAGCUCGCCGGCCCAGGGAAUUCACGUCCCUGAGGCCCGAGCCUGGAGUCUUGACUUCCAACUGCGGCAUUCUUGUUCAUUGCUCUUCGUUCACUCUUGCUCGCUCCUGCGUACUAUUGCGGCCAGCCGGCCAGAGGUCGGAUCCUCCAUUUGUUCUCGAAAUCUCAAAUCAGAUAGAGUGAAAAAAACCAAAGCAUGGAUCAAAGGCAGAGAUCAAUAGCAGCAACCAAAGCCGCUUCCCGCGACUACCAGUUCCACCCAGCACGAGCUGCCAUUAUCGAUCUCUUUAAUUUCUAUUUAGGAGUUAAUUGUAAUCAAAGACAACAUGGAGUUGAAGAAUGUGAUUGUGUGAAAUCAUUUAUACCUGACAAAGCUCUAACUGAACAGCUACACAGUUGUCUGGAUGUUUUUUGGUUGUUGGUCGAUGAGAAUAAGUGCAGAGUGCCCUUCUAUGAAUUGUUGUGCAGUGGGCUGCCUUUUAUUGAGACCAUACCAGAUGAUGAAGCUUUAUUUACACUUAUCUUGGAGAGCCAUAGGAGGCAAGAUAUGAUGGCCAUGCAUAUACAAAUGCAAAUGCUAGAACAACACCUGCAUUGUCCCACAUUUGGUAUUCAUCGGAUUCUGUCUCAAAUAACUCCUAACAUUUCAGUUGAAGCAGUAGCAAACUUGCGCUAUUCGCCGAUCACAUAUCCAAGUGUACUUGGAGAACCGUUGCGUGGAGAGGUGAUAAUUAUUUUUAAGUACUUGUAUACAAUCUGGAAAAGUGAUGCUUCAAUCUGGACCUUCCAAAUUCUAUUCAGAGAGGAAGUUUGGAAUGGGAAAGAGCUUUCCGUUGUAUAAGACAUGCUCUUCGCACUACUCCACCACCUGAUCAGUAGAAGCUUGUGUUCCUCAUGACUCCUUGCUAUAGGAAUGAUGCUCAUGCACCUACUCUUGGUGCUGUUUUCACUUCUAGCAUGAUUUAUGUGGCAACCAUUGAUAGAAUUGUUGAAUUAUUGAAGUUAACAAAUUCAGGCAAAAAUAUCUUCCUUUUACUUGUACUCUGUCCUCUAUAUAUAAUGUGUUUCUUGACUCUCUUUUCAUAAUGUUUUCUCCAUUGAAUUUCUGAUACUAUCAAUCAAUGAAUUACAUUGCAUA